AUGGAUAUCCACCAAGCAUCAGAUGGAGGUGUGUUCCUCCUUGAUAGGCAGUUAGAAGAAUAUGACAACCUCGAUACGUUAUUGGAUGAUAUAGGGAAUUUGACAGGAGUGACACCGAAUAAUAUCCUACUGUUCAUGGAAGAUGGACGAGAAGUGAAAGUCGAUGUACUAGAAGAAGCCUGGAAUUCAGCUGGGCCUAGUUCACCUUCUCUUGCUCAUAGACUCAAGUUGUACUUGUUUAACAGAGAGACUUUCUGGUCAAAUGCUGAACAAUGGGCCGCUCAAUUUCAAGAGGAUAUUAUCCUUCCACCUCCAAUAGAUGUAAACCAGACCAAUUCGCUCGCCCAUAUACAGCAUCCAUUUCUUGUAGCUCAUGACCAUCUAUCGCAUCUACAAUCGUUAUAUCAAGCUCAAUCAAGAGCUUUGGAAAUUGCUUAUUCGAACUUAUCACAUCAUCUCCAACCACUCAUUCAGGAAUCUGAGAAAUUCGCUAUCCGAGCCGAGAAAGAGCUGUUCACGGAAGAAAGCUUGAUCAAAGGUGCAAAAGUCGACAUGACACUGUUACCCAAGCUGACUAUCAACCCAUCUCUACUAAGGAAGAAGAAAGAUAAUGAAAGUGAGGACAAGGUCAAGACUAUUGGUGAUUUCGUUAAUAAGAGGAAAAUGGAACAGGUCAGAGAUACCUGUAGGACCGCUCAUGAGGAGCAUGUAGAUAGGUAUAAUCAACUGGUUGGUCAAUUGGAUGAAUUGGCAUUAUCGUCAGACGCAGAAGCUAGGGGAUUCAAAGACCAUUCGGACGCAGUCGGAACGGAGUUCACAGAAGGCUUGGCAAGAUUGGAAGUUGCUAUAAGUCAAUUGAGCGAGCUGCUUGGAAGCGGUGCGGAAGACGUGGCACAAGCAAUGAGAGAUGAUCUGAUAGCUCUAACAGCAGUAAAGAACGAUUUCACCCUCGAAAUACACCUGCAUCUUCAACAAGUAGCCAAGUUUCAAUCUCGUAUCCCGGAGUUGACUGGACCGUUGACCGCGUUAGACGUCGACUUGCGCGAUAAAGUAGUUUUCCCACAUCUGCAUCGACUGCGGCAACUACCCUUUGCCUAUGCAACUGUAGUAGCGGAGGUGGUGCGAAGGAAGGAAUAUUCCAGGAUGUUAUUGGAGUGGACUAUAAGGCUAUCUGAAACUUUGACCAGGUUCACAUCCAGUGAGAAGAUCCGGAGGGAGCAGGUACAGGCGGAAAUGAUCACUCAGCUGCCUUUUGGCGUUGUAGGAUUAGAUGAAGGUGGACCCAGAAUUGAUAUAUCCGUUGUCACUGGUGCGGACGGAUUGAAUGGGAUGAAAUUUGGUCAAGAAGAGAUUGAGAAACUUGUCCUAUGGGUUGAUGGCCUUAAGGAAGAUCAAGAGGUUCUAGCUGCUUUGGAAGAAGGCGAUGAGAAUUAUCUAGCUACGUUACAAGCUAGCAUUGAAGGCUUGAUAGGGAAAGUGGAUUUCGCCAGUGAUGAGUUAGAUCGAAUGAUUGAAACAUCAGUACUAGUAGUCCGCAACAAGCCCCGUUCUGCCAGCAACUCCCGUACAACACUCAACCUCUCAACGCAACUUCGCACAGUCAGUCAGGAGAAAGCGGAUCAGGAGAAACGGAUUCAGGAGAUGCAAGAAUCGCAUGACGCCAGGCUACGAGAACUGGAAGAUCAAUAUCAGCAGCGACUCGCAGUGUCACAGACUAGACAAGCGGAAUUGCAAGAUGAAUUAGUCAGACUUAGGACGGAUCUGAGUGAGGAGAUGAUAGCUCGACAAGCAUUAUCCGCUGAACUGGGGGAAAGAUCUAGAGAGCAAGAAGAUAAGAUGAGAGAGCAGGAAGACCAAUCUGAUUUCAUUAAAGGUCUUCAAGCCGAAUUAAGUCAAGAAAAAGAUCGAGCUACGGAUCUUGGUGUUCGACUACAAGAAGCAUUACUCGAUGUGGAUGGUUUAAAGAGUGCAGAACAGACUCUGAUUUUCCAAUUACAGGAACUGCAAGAGGAACGAACUCGGUCAUUACAGAGUAUGGGUGAAGCUCAACUCGCAGCACACAAUUAUGAAUCUCAAUUAGCGGGUAUCCGAGCUGAACUUGAAGUUACCAGCCAUCAACUUGCCGAAGCUCAGAAAGAUCGAGACAUGGCUUUGAAAAACCAAUCGGCAGAAGCUGAGAGAAUGAUGAGGGAUCAUAUCGCCGAGACAGAUGGUGAUCGAGCUGUACUGGAGCAUCAAAAUUUGACAUUGACAAAACAAUUAGAAGAUGUCAAGAUUGAAUUAGAUGAAAAGUUAAAUGCUGUGAAGAAUACCACUGUAAGGCAGGUUGAUGGGCUAAAAGCUGAAUUGAAUUUCACCAAGGCACAAUUAAGAGAAGUGCAAAGGAAGGAAACUGUACUAGCGGAUGAAUUAGCAAUGUCAAGAGAUUCAGCGAUGGCAAUCACACAAGAACGGACAUAUCAAUCUGAUGUAUCGAGGGACGCAGUAGCUUUAGCAUCGAAAUAUCAUGAAACCUGCCAACGUUUGUUAAACGCUAUAAAUAACUCUACCACCAUCUCAGGAUCAACAAAUAUCAACGCGAGUAUAAUAAAAACGCCGAUGAAAACUAUUCCAACUUCAACGAAUUUAUCCAAUUCAUCUUCGAGUACAAAUAAAGAUGAAUUACGGGAAUCCGUCUUGAUAAGAUCAUUGGUAACAGCACAGGAUUUCGACUUGAUACAUUUCCAAGAUGCUGUCACGAAGACCAUUGGUCUGGUCAAAAAGUGGUCAAAGAGUUGUCGACAGUUUAGGGAUUUGGCACGGAAUAAGAUCAGUUUUACGAAUUUCACCAAGGGCGAUUUGGCUUUAUUUCUGCCUACACGCAAUGCCGCUGCUAGAUCAUGGGCUGCGUUCAAUAUCUCCGCUCCUCACAACUUUCUCAAAGUGGACGAUACGAUGCAGGAACACACCAAGACUCGUGAAUGGAUCAUAGCCAGGAUUGUCAGAACUGAAGAAGCAAUCGCUACUGGAGGGGAGUCCCCGGAAUCAAACCCAUUUGGAUUGGCAGAUGGACUUCGAUAUUAUACUCAUCACGUUGAAGAAUAUAACCCACACACUGUGAGAUUGCCCAGACGAUCAACUUCAGCUUCUGUCAAUCCUGAAAAGGACGCUUCGAUCAGUCAAAUGCUGUCUUCCACUCAUCGUGUCCCUGGACCAUCAAGUGGCAUCCCAGAACUCACUUCCGAUGCGGAUAUAUUGUCUCCUAGUAAAACUCCAAGACCUGAUAGGAUCAGAUCUAGUAGUGGGUAUUUCCCCCCUAUGAGUAGUCUACAGAAAGAGGAUACUUCAGAUUCACCUGAACCAAUCACCGAGAAUGAGGGUGAACAAGAUAAUCUAGCGAACAAAGUGGAGCAGGAUCCCAUUCCCACUCAACAAGAAUAUACUUCUAGUAUAUCGUAUGACCAAAGAUCAGGUGGUAAUCUGCCAAACGCACCUACGCCCUCACCUUCAGCUGCACCACCCACUUCAUCAGCUCAACCGAUACCUCGCAAGACUCAUAGUCGUUUGCCCAGUCGAGGCAAUACACCUUCAUCACCACCUUCAAGAGAUAAAAUACCCCCUUCAUCAAUCGUCAGACCGUCAAGUGUAGCUUCAUCGUCUAAUUCAUCGUAUCCGAAAGUAUUAACGAUAGGUCAUCAAGGCGGUAAAUCUACCCUGAGUCCAGCAAUAACAACCUCGAACGAAGAUUCACCUUCACCAGAGGAUAAUCUCAAUUUUCAAAAGACCAUAAGAAGGAAAGAAAGUAAUUCUGCUUUAUCGGUAUCAUUCUCACCUCCACCUGAUAAUAUGAAACCUUCCCCACUGAGCCUAGGUGAAGGAUCAAGAAGAGGAAGUAAAGUCUCUUCCCCGCCGCCGAUCGAUGAGCAGACAACCAACAACGCAGGAGCUGGAGGGUUCAGUGCGUUAGGUACUACUUCGGCUAGUAAGCUCAUCAGAGGUUUCACCAUUGGUAGAAAAAGCUCUGCAAAUCAACAAGAAAACCAGGGUGAAUCGCCCCCAAAAGGCGUCGAACGCCCCUCCGGCAAAGAAAGGAAACCCAGUGCCAUGGAUAUGCUGAAGAGGUUUGAUAGUGGCAACAACUUUUAA